GCCGCCGCCGCCGGCGCUGCCCCCAUGUUCCAGCUGCCCAUCUUGAAUUUCAGCCCCCAGCAAGUGGCCGGGGUAUGCGAGACCCUGGAAGAGAGCGGCGAUGUGGAGCGCCUGGGUCGCUUCCUGUGGUCGCUGCCCGUGGCCCCGGCGGCCUGCGAGGCUCUCAACAAGAACGAGUCGGUGCUGCGCGCGCGAGCCAUCGUGGCUUUCCACGGCGGCAACUACCGCGAGCUCUACCACAUCCUGGAAAACCACAAGUUCACCAAGGAGUCGCAUGCCAAGCUGCAGGCGCUGUGGCUGGAAGCGCACUACCAGGAGGCCGAGAAGCUGCGCGGACGGCCGCUGGGGCCGGUGGACAAGUACCGGGUGAGGAAGAAGUUCCCGCUGCCCAGGACCAUCUGGGACGGCGAGCAGAAGACGCACUGCUUCAAGGAGCGCACGCGGCACCUGCUGCGGGAGUGGUACCUGCAGGACCCCUACCCCAACCCCAGCAAAAAGCGUGAGCUGGCCCAAGCCACCGGACUGACCCCCACGCAGGUGGGCAACUGGUUCAAAAACCGACGACAAAGGGACCGGGCGGCCGCAGCCAAGAACAGACUCCAGCAGCAGGUCCUGUCGCAGGGCUCCGGGCGGGCGCUUCGGGCCGAAGGCGAGGGCACCCCGGAGAUACUGGGCGUCGCCUCCAGCCCCGCUGCCAGUCUUUCCAGCAAGGCGGCCACUUCGGCCAUCUCCAUCACGUCCAGCGACAGCGAGUGUGACAUCUGA